CCGGUUAUAACGCAGCAUCCUCUCGCCUUUGGGGUACCGAUCUCACGGGCUGUUUUAUUGACUCGAACACUAACGCGCACACGGACCAGAGUCUGCAUUCACAAUGAGGAACGCACAGCGAUCCAUCCCGGCGUGAGACCACAUCUCAGCCGAACCCCGCUGAUCACGGCCAUCUGCGCCGGUGUUUCUAGAGGUAAAGGUGAACAUAACGGCCACCAUGUUGGACCAGGAGCUGAGCAGCUCCGUGUCUAAAAAGACGAUGAUCACUAAACAUCUCCGAGUGCGCAAGAGGAGGGAGAUGCUGCUGGCGCAGUUGUGCGUGGUGUGCGGGAUGCUGCUGGCGGCCUGGUGCAUCUCUGCACUGCUCACCAAAACAGGUCAUGGAAUUUCAUUGCAGGAACACUUUUUUGCUCCAACUGACCGUCUUGGCCGGAGAUUAAUGGCUGCUGAGGAAGACAAUAGUACUGAGGCAAAGAACUGCACGGAUCCAGCCAUCCAUGAAUUCCCUGAGGAUGUGUUCACGCACCAGGAGAGAACACGAGGAGCUGUCCUGCUACACAUAUUCGCGGCUGUCUACAUGUUCCUGGCUCUAGCAAUCGUGUGCGAUGACUAUUUUGUAACAUCACUUGAGAAGCUCUGUGAGAAACUGCAUCUGAGUGAAGAUGUAGCUGGAGCAACCUUCAUGGCAGCUGGAAGUUCAGCCCCUGAGCUAUUUGCGUCUGUCAUUGGUGUUUUUGUUACACAUGGAGAUGUGGGAGUUGGUACUAUUGUGGGCUCAGCUGUCUUUAACAUUCUCUGUAUCAUUGGCGUUUGCGGAAUCUUUGCAGGACAGGUCGUCUUUCUUACCAAGUUUGCAGUGUUUCGGGACUCAAUCUACUACACACUGUCUGUGGUAGCACUUAUUGCAUUUAUCUAUGAUGGGAAGAUUGUGUGGUGGGAGAGUCUGGUGCUCACGAUCAUGUAUGUGGGCUAUAUAGCCAUUAUGAAGUUUAACACCAGCAUGCAUAACUACUUUUCUGGAAAGGAGGAUAAGGGUGCCUCGAAUGGUAACACAGUGACCAACGAGCUGGAGGACGGUAAUGCACAUUAUGACCAGUUUUGGGAUGAUCCCUCUCAGCCGUUAAUCAGUUCAGUAAAGUCCAAUAAGAUGUACACCCGUGGCACAGUCGUAAUGGUGGACGAGAUGAUCAACUCUAGCCCUCCAAACUACCGCUUCCCAGAGGCCGGCCUCAGGCUGAUGAUUACCAACCACUUUGGGCCUAAAACCCGCCUAAGGAUGGCGAGUAGGCUUAUCAUCAAUGAGCAACAGCGACUGGUGCAGACCGCCAACGGAGUAGAUGGCACACUAGUGGCUGAUGGAAGAGCAGACACAAUGGAUAAUGGCAGCAUAAUAGAGGAUAAGCUAGCAGAAGAGGGAGAGGAGAACGAGCUGUCCUCUCCCUUUGUCAUACCUGAGGGUGCAAUUAACAGAGUGAAAUUCAUCAUCUCAUGGCCUAUUCUGGUGUUGCUGUACUUUACUGUGCCAAACUGUGGCAAGCCACGCUGGGAGAACUUCUUCCUGUUGUCCUUUUUCCUCUCCACUGUGUGGAUAGCCAUCUUUUCAUACUUUAUGGUUUGGAUGGUGACAAUUAUAGGAUACACACUGGGGAUACCUGAUGUGAUAAUGGGUAUUACAUUUCUAGCAGCUGGUACCAGUGUUCCUGACUGUAUAGCAAGUCUUAUUGUUGCUCGACAAGGCCUGGGGGAUAUGGCUGUCUCCAACACAAUUGGAAGUAAUGUCUUUGAUAUCCUGAUUGGGCUUGGUGUUCCCUGGGCUCUCCAGACAAUGGCUGUUAACUAUGGCUCAGAGGUGAAAAUCAACAGUAGAGGACUGGUGUAUUCAGUGGUGCUGCUCCUGGGUUCAGUGGCAUUAACUGUCUUGGGAAUCCACUUUAACAGGUGGAAGCUUGAUUUUAAACUGGGCAUAUAUGUGCUCCUUCUAUACGCAGUCUUCCUCUGCUUUUCCAUAAUGAUAGAGUACAACGUUUUUACCUAUGUCAAUGCACCAAUGUGUUUGGAGUCCUGA